AUGUCAUUUCCAGUCGGGUACAUGGAACCGCCGGAGUUACAUUCAGCCGUCGGCACUGAGUGGAGAUCCUGCGUAACCCUGACGCGGCUAAUAAACGACCGGUCAUUAUCGAUGUGCGCGAUACGGACUACGUUGGAGGCCACAUUCGGCUCGGCGGUGAACAUUCCCGAGGACAGUUUCAUGGACGACGACGACGUGGAUGCUCUUGUGGCCAAGUACAAGGACGAGGACGCUGUUGUAUUCCACUGCAUGAUGAGCCAAGUGCGAGGACCGUCGUGUGCCAAGAGGUUCAAGGCUCGAAUGGAGGUUGUGCUAGAAGGCGCUGCGCACAAACCCCGCGUGCUCAUCCUCCAUGGUGGCUACGAACGCUUUGGCAGUAUGUACAAGAACGAGGCCGAUCUCAUUGAAAUGGACGCCUGA